AUGGCGCUGAGCGUGCCACCCACACCUGGCCGUCGGGGCAGAGAGCAAGUGGGACCGCCGCCUGGGUGGUACGCCCCGACGGGUAGGAGGGCCGCCGCGGUGCAGGUCGAAGCGCCGGCCGCGAGGCCGCGUGGAGCCGCCGCGGGUGCAGAUCUUAGUGGUGGUAGCAAAUAUUUGACCGGUGAGGUGGGGAGCGGGCCCCGCGCGGGCCCAGUCUUCUGGCGCUACGCGGCUAGCCGCCUCGCAACGCCGCCGGCCGCAGGCCGCCAGCCGCCAGCCGCCAGCCGCAACCCGCUCCGGCUGCCGGCCUCAGGCGGGGAGUUUGACUGGGGCGGUACAUCUGUCAAAGGACGGGCCUAUCCUGGUGGGCCGGGUCGGACGACGUGCCGCAGAGGAGGCAGCAUUGCCGCCGCGGGAGCGACUUCUGGGAGAGGGGCGCCGCCACACGGGGAGGCGGGGGUGGUGGGGUCGAGCAGCGGGGAGAGGAGGUCGAGCGCGGAGGGCCAGCCGGCGCCACCCAGUGGCCCUUGGGCGGACCCGCCUUGGAGGAGGAGACCGGGGAAGAACCAGCGGCAGGCCCGGCGGGACUCCACGGAGGAGCGGGUGCAGCUGGAGGAGGGCAUGCUGGAACUGACGGCGGAGUGA